GAGAUGGACAGCGGAGAGAGCGAAUAUGUUUGGCCUCGGUUUUUCAGUUCAAUUUGGUCCUUCGAUUACAGAAUGGAUGGUCCAGGUAAAUGAGGUCGCUGGCCCUGACGCAGCGGCGGCCCCAAACCACCCAGCCGGUUCCCUCAGUCCUCGCAAACACGUACACACUCCCUCAUCUGUCUGUCUGAAGUCUGAUGUCAAGAAGCUCUAGCCGGUUGUUGUUCUACCGCUGUUCAAUAAGCAGAUCUCCCGCUAAUGUUCCCUCUUGCUCCUUCAGGCUCUCUUCUUCUUCUUCUUCUUCUACACAUGCCUCUCGGUCCAUCUUCGGCCAUGGUUCGAUACCCGCCAUCCAAAAGUUCGAGGAACACGUACUCUCUCUCUCUAACAAACACGAUCCCAAUGAGGUUAUUGGCAUUUAUCGCGAAUGGGUAACUCAGAAGGUGCCAUUACGAGUCCGCACGGCUUCAAUUUUGACGUGGGCUCUCUUAAAGCAGAGCAAUUUCGAAGAAGCGGAAGAUUUCUUAGUGGCCCAGAUGGAGAAUUUGGAGUUCUCUCCUUCCAUCGGUAUGUGUAGUUCUCUGAUUCGUGGUCUUUGUAGAAUUGGAAAACCAGAAAGAGCAAUGGAGUUUUUGAAGAAUCAAAUCACUAGAGGAAUUAUGCCCAAUAGUUUCUGUUUCAGUUUGUUGAUUAAUUCUUUAAUCAGUCGUCGAGAGAUGAGUUCCGUAGUUGAUGCUUUUGUUGAAAUCGCUGAGAAAAGAAUACGCAUUGACAACGUUGUAUUUAGUUCAGUUUUAUCUUGUUACUGUAAGAUUGGGAAACCAGAACUAGCGACGGAGUUUUAUGAAAAAAUGAUUGACGUUGGAGUUAGGCCAAACUUAAUUACGUAUACGGUUGUAAUGAAUGCACUUAGUAAACUGGGAAGGAUGGAAGAGGUUGAGAAGUUGGUGAGGAUGCUCGAGCAGGAGAAAUUGGUGUACGAUCUUAUUUUUUACUCUAGUUGGGCUUGCGGAUACGUUAGAGUGGGUGCCUUGGAUUUGGUGCAGGUGUUUCAGAAACAUAAAGAAAUGAAGGCAUUAGGAAUCAAGCCUGAUGUAAUCAGCUACACUAUUCUAAUUGACGCUCUUUGUAGAUUAGGGGAAGUGGAGAAAGCUGUAGGUUUCUUGCAUAAAAUGUUUAUGGGUGGCGUAAAGCCGAGUUUAGUAACUUACACUGCGGUCAUGCGGGGUUUCUGCCAGAAGGGUAAGUUAAAUGAGGCAUUUGAUUUAUUUUAUAAAAUGGAAGAGUUUGGUUUACAAGCAGAUGAAGCUUGUUAUACAACUUUAAUGGAUGGAUUGUGUAGAAUUGGUGAUUUGGAUCAGGUUUUCUGCUUGCUUGAGGAAAUGGAGUCCAAGAAAGUUCCAGUAACACUUGUUACUUACAAUGUUGUCAUGAAUGGGUUGUCUAAAAUUGGUAAAACAGAAAAGGCUGAUGAGAUUUUAAGGGGCAUAGAAGCCGGUGAUGUAUACACAUAUACCACAAUUUUAGAUGGAUAUUGCAAAGAAAAAAAUGUGGAAGGCGUAUUGGGGACAAUGCAGAAAUUGGAUCAAGCUGUUGUGGCUUUAGAUUUAGUAGCAUGUAAUGUCCUCAUCAAAGCUUUGUGCAUGGUGCACAAACUUGAAGAGGCUGAGAAGAUUUUCAAGAAAUUACCUUCAAUGGGGCUCAUUGCUAAUUCGGUUACUUAUUGUGUUCUUAUUGAUGGGCUUUGCAAGGGUGGAUGGAUUUAUGAAGCAUUUAAAACAUUCAACGAUUAUAGACAUUCUAUUAUAAUCCCUGCUACAACCAACUAUAAUUGUAUGAUUGGAGGUUUAUGCAGGGAAGGAAUGUUAUCUUUAGUGGUUGAGAUAUUUGCUGAGUUGGUUAAAAGAGGAUUAGUUCCUGAUACUAUUACCUAUAUGUUGCUGUUAAAAACACACUGGAAAAAAGGCAGGACAGAUGAUGUCUUCAGGAUUCUUCAAUGUAUGAGAGACUUAGAUAUUGAGGAGCAGACCUUUGUCUGUAAUAGCAUGAUUAUUUGGUUUCACAAGCAGGGUUUAUUUCGAGAAGCAUUUGAAGUGUGCCAGAUAAUGAUAAGGAAAUGCUUCACCAUAACUAGAAGUAACUAUUCAUCAAUCAUUAAAGGACUUAUGCGCAGCAAUGACCGCAGAAAUGUCCAGCAGCUGUUGAGUCGGUUUCUCAAAGAUUAUGGGAUUAUUGAUCCUAAAUUAUGUGGAGCUCUGUUUAUAUAUUUAUGCAAGAAAGAUGUCAAAGAUGCUCUAUCGUUUCUUGUCAGGAUAAGGGAGGAUGGUGUGCAGGCAAAAGUUUCAACAUUAAUUCUUAGGAGUCUAAUGAAAGAAGGUAGAACUCGAGACGCAUAUGCACUUGUUCUUGAGGCUGAUGGUAGAGAAAUAACGAUGGAUGUUUUCACUUAUUCUAAGUUAAUUGAUAGUCUGUGGAAGGAAGGUUUCUUCAAGCAGGCAUUAGAACUUUGUUUAUGCAUGGGAAAGAGAGGGAUUUAUCCAAAUAUUGUCACAUACAAUGCAAUAAUCCAUGGUCUUUGCCAAGAAGGUUGUUUGCUUGAAGCUUUCCGUUUGUUUGAUGCUUUAGAGAAAAAUAAUGUACGCCCCACAGUCGUUACAUAUUCUUCUCUUAUAGCUUCUUUAACUAGAGAGGGGCUUAUGCAAGAUGCACGUCUAUUUUUUAGAGGGAUGGUCCAUAAGGGUUUGACCCCAAACAUUUUCAUCUACAACUUACUAAUUAAUGGUUACUGUAGGUUAGGCAUGCUGGAUGAAGCCUUGGAACUACUUCUUGAUUUGGAGAAGAGCAGCAUUGAGCCUGAUUAUCACACUAUCAAUGCCUUGAUUAAGGGAUUUGGCCAAAGAGGAAAUAUGGAAGGCGCAUUAAGGAUUUUUGGUGAGUUUAUAUCGAAGGGGAUUGCACCUGAUUUCUUUGGUUACAUGGUUCUUGCAAAGGGUUUAUGUGCUACUGGCAGGAUGGAAGAGACAAGGACUAUUUUGGUUGAUAUGCUUGAUAGGGGAUCAAUGAUGAGUUUGAUACAAGAUUCUUGUUGUGAUCUUGAUGCUGCUGCCUUGGUCAGUCAUUUGGCAAUCUUAUGUGAAGAGGGAAGCAUUAAGAAAGCCAUAAAUUUACUAAACCAAGUGGAAUCCUUAAUUUUGAAAUCUGGUGUGUCAAGAGGUGGAGCUUUGUUAGAAAGCUUUGGAUGGGUCUGUGCAUAACAGGGACACUUCAUACAAAUUAGAGAUGUGAGAUCCAGGUGGACCUACAAUAGUCAUCUGGUGCUUUGCAAGUCACUAAAUAUUGUGCAAUAACAUAUGUGAUUGGUUGAUGUAUCUGAAGCAAUUGGUGUAAGAAAGUUGGCCAAGUACACUUCUCAAAGGGUGAAACAUGAAGGCAAUGAGGUUUGUUCUCUAUUGGAAAUUGCUGCUUUUAAAGGUGAUUUGAUGAUAUAUUAGAUUGCAUCCUUUGUUAAGUUAGUCUUAAGACUUAAGAGGUACCAGUUUUAUUCUGUGUCUGCUUAUUUGAUUAAAUUCUCUCUCUCUCUCUCUGUCUCUGUCUCUCUUUCUCCCUCUCUCUGUGCUUAUGGUAUGUAUCCACUACCCAUCUACGUUUGUGGCUGUGCAUGUACAUGUGCGUAGAAAGAUUUUCAGGCUUCACAUGAUGACUGUGGUUCCUUUAUUUUUUCACAUUCUAGUUUUCAGGAUGCAAUGUUAUACAAGGACAGAGAUCCAGGAAACAAUAGAAUCUGGAAACUGACCUGGUUGAGCUAUAGAAAUGAAGCCUCUGCUAAGCAAAAGCAGAAUGUAGCAAUUCUCUCCAUAUUAUUCUUGUGGCAUAUCAUCCUGUGCACAUUUUGAAUGUUCUAUUCUAUUCGCCAACUAAAUCUAAAGAUUGACAAUUAUUUUGUUUUCAGUAAGGUUUUGAUUGCCUCUGUAACUUUAUUUUCUGAACUAAUACAUUAAAUCUGAUUUGUUCUCAUCUAAUGUUGCAGCCAGGUGCUGAUGGCUGCAACUGUAUUGCAGAUGAAGAUUACUUGUCACUUUAUUCCAUUUUCACAAAUGCAUGAUCCAUUAGGCAUAUCAAAUUGGUCUGUGAUGCAUGUAGAUUGGUCUGAAGUGACAUAUGAAGCUGAUUGAUGAGAAGGAACACAUUUCAAGUGAUGAGAAGGUAUGGCUGUAUGGGGCAAACUUAAGUGGAAAUGGUUGCUGGCCAGAAACAAAACUCUAGUGCCGUGUCUGUGCAAUGGAAUGAAGCGGCCACAGUAUUUCUUUGCAAGAAAGUUCAAGCCAGAGGCAGUAGACAAUUUAAUCAAAAUCUUCUCUAACCAGACAUCAACUAUGUAAUUAUAUCUUGGCUGAUAUUCUUUAGAUCAUUUUGCUGACUGCUCUCCCUUCUAAACCCAUAAGCUCUUAAUGGUUUCAAGCUGGUCACAGAGAUUGAAGUCGCCUGCAUAUGCAACUGAGGCCUAAAGGAAUCGAACUUCCAAAUUGCAACUCAGAGGCCUAAAGGAAUCGAACUGCCAAAUUGCAAGUUCAGAUUCCUCAGCAGGGUUUUCACCACCUCUCCUUAUCAUGCUAAAAUGCUUAUUUUUAGCCAAUCAUUUGGAGCAAUUGUUUGAUAUAAUUGAUCUAUUGGUGGUUAAGAUUAAUUAAAAUUGUAAUUUCGUUCCUUGUUUGAGUCCCAGUAUAGUGGCAUAACAAUGUGAUUAGUUCUUUGACGAUGUAAAUAUAUUCAUGCAUUUUCCUUUCCUAGAUCACAAUCCAUUUACUUCUCUUUUUUCC